AUGGCAGUCAAAAGCGGCAAAGGGAAUAGCGGGAAAGCCUCAAAGGCCACCAGUGAAAAAAAACAUGUUCAAGAAACAUUUUCCAUUGCAGAUAUAGAAAAACUAAGAAAUGAAAUUGUUGAAUCACCUAAAAAUUAUAAUAAGAUUGUGAAGUUGCAAACUCUAUUAGAGAAGUCAAUAAAAGAUGUCGAUUCACUCACUAGCUCAUCAGGGUUGAAAGUUCAUAGAUCCUUGCUAUUUAACUUAACGAAAAUAUACCUUUACUUGGUUAGUAAAAAGAUACUGAAGGUUCAAAAGACCCAAAAUGAAAAAGAGCAGAUUGUAUCCAAAUGGUUAAUUGCCAAGUAUGAAGGUUUCCAGCGUUGCAUAUUUGAGAUUUGGAACAUGACAAACGACAGUGAUAAGCUUGCGACUUUGAAGCUCGAUGGCUUGGAACAUUUAAUGAAUUUAUUAAAACAGGAGAGUAAAUAUAUGAGACCAUCCGAUGAUGAAUCCUAUUUCCCUAGUACGACGUAUCGUAAGAUUAUAUUUGAGCUAUUGAGGAGCGGCGUCAAGUCCAAGAUAUUGAGUGAUGGAACUAUUGACGACUACCUACUUUUGGAGUUCCAGGAAUAUUUUAACAAAUACUGGGAUUUGAAAUUUUACUUUUUCCAAGAGUUCCCAGUGGUUGUCAAAAUGAUCAGAGAUGAAGAUAUUGAACAUUAUAUCGCGUUUUCCAAAUUGAUCACAUUAAUCAAGCUUGAACCACUCUAUGAAACAGAGAACAAAGAUGAAAUUACCGAGAAAUCCAUAUUUGUUUAUCGUGUUCCUGAAAAUAUGGUUUAUUCGGUGAACCAACUCCACAUAAACUUUGAGAAAUCAUUAAUAUCAGCACUUAAUUUCCCCAACUUGCAAAAGGAGGAGUAUUUAUCGAUAUUAUCGAUUUUACAUAAACGUAUAAUACCAUUCUUCAGUGAUGCCACAAAAUUAAUGGAUUUUCUGACGGCUUCAUACACGCUAGGUAUCAAAAGUAAGGAUAUUACAAUGUCAAUUCUAUCUUUGAAUGGUUUAUGGGAGUUGAUGAGGGUUUACAAUCUGGAUUACCCUGAUUUCUACAAGAAUUUGUAUGCAAUUUUAACCCCGGAUUUAUUACAUCUGAGAGAAAAGUCCAGAUUUUUCAGGUUGUUGGAUCUGUUUAUGUCUUCGACCCAUUUAUCAGCUUCUAUUGUUGCAAGUUUCAUUAAAAAAUUGGCAAGAUUGAGUUUAACAGCACCGCCAUCUGGUAUUGUCUCUAUCAUUCCUUUUAUCUAUAAUCUAAUCAAGAAAUACAACCAUACUACAUGUAUGUUAUUGAUUCAUUCUACCACUACAAAUGAAGAAGAUUUGGUUUAUGAAGAUCCCUUUGAUGAAAACGAGCGGGAUCCAUCAUUAACAAAUGCCAUUGAUUCAUCCAUUUGGGAACUCGAAACAAUGAUCAAUCAUUACCACCCUAAUGUGUCCUCAUUAGUGAAAAUUUUCCAACAGCACUUUACAAAGUACAGCUAUAAUAUGGAAGACUUUUUAGAUUGGAAUUAUAGCAAGCUAAUUGACGCCGAAAUGGAUAAGAAGCUGAAGGGGGAAGUGGGUUUAGAAUUUGAAAAGUGGAAUAAGAUGUUUGAUGACGAAGGAUAUUUACAAGAUUAUUUAUAUUAG